GAAGCAUUACUGGAUGGCGAAAGCGCCUCGAGUGGGGAAGGAAGCUGCCGCUACGACUUCUCCGCUCAAGAUUCGCAAACAAAGAGCGCCUUCUUGGUCAUGAAUGAGCUCAGAAGUCGAAAGUGUUUGUGUGACGUCGUGCUGGUGGCGGGCGACAUCGAAAUCAGCGCUCACAAAGUCGUUCUGGCGUCUGCAAGUCGAUAUUUCUACGCCAUGUUUGCUGGAGAGAUGGUUGAGAGUCGCAACAGUCGUGUCGAGAUAAAGGAAAUCUUGGAACCGGAAGCACUGCGUUUGUUGGUUGAUUUCGUGUAUACGGGACAGCUGGAGAUUAGCAGUCGCAAUACUCAGGCCCUGUUGUCUGCGUCGGCGCUUCUUCAUCUCGAGGAAGCUCGCCAGGCGUGCGUAGAGUUUCUCAUGCGGCAACUCGACCCUGGCAACUGUUUGGGCAUCCGGGGAUAUGCAGACCUACACGCCUGUGAGGAUUUGGUAUCUGUGUGUGACCGUUUCUUUUGUGACAAUUUUGUUGCGGUCGUGGAGAGUGAGGAGUACUUGUCGUUAGCUGGAGGUGUACUCGAAAAGCUUUUGAUAUCCGACGAACUGAACGUCGACUCCGAACAGCAAGUAUACGAGGCUAUACUUUCUUGGGUAAAGCACGCUGUCGACUCUCGACAAGCACUUCUUCCUCGCCUACUUGCUCGAGUUCGUUUAACUCAACUGUCACCUCUGUAUCUUGCCACUAGAGUGGAGAAGGAGGCAGUCGUUAGGUGUGACCUCGAUUGUAGAGAUCUCAUUGAUGAUGCAAAGAACUACCAUCUUCGAGUCGGACAUUUUGGCGACAAUAUGGAAUGGCGACAGCGUUGCCAACCACGUAAAUCUACAGUUGGCAGUCUGUAUGCCGUCGGCGGACGAGGAAAAUCAGGCGAACCAUACAUGACAGUCGAGAGAUACGAUUUUAGAGUAAAUCAGUGGCAAGCGAUAGCAGAGUUGAAUUCACGUCGACGUCAUGUUGGUGUGGCUGCAUUAGAGGGUAAAAUCUACGCCAUUGGUGGCCACGACGGCGAACAGCAUCUCAAUACAGUCGAAUGCUACGAUCCAAUGACUAACAAAUGGGAACUCGUGGAGCCGAUGGCGAUGAGACGACGAGGUGUGGCGGUUGGGAUCCUCGGUGGUCCACUAUACGCAGUAGGAGGAUUGAACGACAACGCCUGCUUCAACACGGUUGAGCGAUUUAAUCCCUCGACUCGCCUGUGGAGCGAGGUGUCGUCGAUGAAUAGUCCGAGAGGUGGAGUCGGCGUCACGGCACUCGGAGACUUUCUGUAUGCAGCUGGUGGGAACAACGGCAGCUCGAGUCUCGGGAGUGUUGAACGAUACGACCCUCACACCGAUCAGUGGACAGACAUUCACUCGAUGAACGUUAAACGAGCAGGAGUCGGCUUGGCUGCAGUUGAAGGUCAACUCAUUGCUGUCGGUGGGUUUGACGACUCCUCCCCGCUUGACUCGGUGGAGUCUUAUGAUCCGAGAUCGGGUGUCUGGGCACGCCUUUGUCAGUUGACCAAUGCCCGUGGCGGUGUGGGCGUGGCGAGUCUCGGUGGGUGGGUCUUCGCCGUCGGCGGGCAUGACGGACGCAACUAUCUCAGUUCAGUCGAGGUGUACGACAUGUAUAGACAGUCAUGGGAGUCGAUAUCACCCAUGGCGACGCAGCGAGCGGGAGCCGGCGUCGGCGGACUGAGUGAUCAUAACGCGCGCUACGAGUACUAAAAGGUUUCACACGAUUGAUUGACACUAGUAGCAACACUUAUACUCAAGUCUUACCAAUGCCGAACGAGAUUGUAAAAAAUUGAUAUUUAUUAAGUAAUAAAGUCUAGACUUUAUAGUUAGUCGCGUUUCUAUAAAAUUCUAGAUUUUGUCUGUUGAGAUUCUAGCUUGAUUAUGUGUUUGUUGAUUUUAUCUUCCGUUUUGGUAUGUCAAGAACGUGUCGAUUGGCAUC